AAGACCACCAGCAGCUGCCGCAGCCGUCCGGACACCACACGGGACGCCAUGGCAACCACGAGUACCCUGAGAGCGCGGAGUCCCCUGAGACAGACGCAAGUAUUUGCUCUGGUGGCGCUUUUGGCGUCGGCUGCUCUGGCUGCGGACGUCGAGCGACUCACCACUGAGGACGUGCCGGCAGUUGGAGACGAGGCAUCGGCCACCGUGCUGGAGGCAGCUGACGAGCCGGCGGCGGCCUCUGAGGGCAAGGGCAAGCGGCAGGCAGUCUACGGCGGACCCUUCUCCUCUCUGAUGACGUCAGCCUACCAGCUGCCGGCCACAUCUGGCGGGUCCGGCGCCGUGCUGCUCUCGUCUGGCACUCAGGGGGCGCCAGCCUACCAGCCACUGGCGGGUCUCGGGCUGCCGCUGGGCUACGCACCUUCCCUGCUGACCGCCGCCUCCAACCACUCGUACGCCGGCUCGCCGCUGGCGGCGCUGCUGUCGGCCGGCUUCCCCACGGCUCAGUAUUCGGCCCAGCACAACUUCACGCUGCCCGUGGCGGCCAACCCACUGGCGCAGAGCACCUCCUACUUCCCCGGCGGAGGCCUCUACGCCUCGGCAGCGCCCGCUGCCGCCGACUACCUGCAGAACUUCACCUUCGGCCAGCCCGCUGCCAGCAGUCUCUUCGCGCAGAAUUCUGCCGCCUACCCCAGCUUCUACCCGGCGCCGUCGGGCUUCAGGCAGAAUUUCAAUGCGGGGCUCUUCGGGGCGGCGGCCUCGGCGGCGUUCCCGGGCAGCGUAGUGGCGCAGGGCGGCGCCGCCCCCGGGGCGGCGGGCGGCCCCUUCACGUUCUUCUCGUACCCGGUGGCGGCCAAGCCGGGCCAGCAGUCGGUGGCCACGGUGGGCGUCAGCAACCAGCUGCUGUCCCCGCACAGGCCGCUCAGCCUGGAGCAGGCCCGGCGCCGCUUCCCGCAGUACUUCGCCGGCGUCGAGGAGCCGUACGCGCGCUUCCAGCAGCAGCUGCAGCAGAUGCAGCAGCUGCAGCAGCUGCAGCAGCAGCCGCAGAGGCAGCCCCAGCAGCCGCAGAGGCAGCCGCCACUGGCGCCGCAGCUCCACACCGCUGCAGAAUCUCCCAAGCCACCGCAGGUGACGGAGCUCCCAGAGGAGCGACCGGCCAGUGGCUUCGCAAGGCCCCAUCCCGCCCCGGCCGCCGGCGACGCUAAUGACGACGACGAUGACGAUGACGGCAGCUACGACGAGCGGCCAGCCUACAAGUCCAGCGGAUACCAUGGCGUCUCAGGCGUUGACCACCACAAGAUUCGGGCCGAGCAAGAGUCUGAGGACGAGGACAGCUCAGAGAGGCAGCCCCACAGCUACCAGACGAUCAUCCACCACGGCGGGGAGGAGUCUGACAAGCCGCCCUACACCGGGUACUACCCCAAGGCCGCCCACCACAAAAAGCACUACGCAGGCGACGGCGAGGAUGAAGAUCCCAGCAGCGGCGGAGACGACGACGAGGACGGGGGCCGCCGGCCGGCGUACAGCUCGUCCUAUCAGAGCGUGAAGUCGCAGUCCGUGGCGUCGCGCUACCACCCAGAGGAAGCCGAGGGGCUGGAAGGAGGUCGCCCGCGGCCCCUGGUCACGUCAGCGUACUCGCGCACAUACUACGGCAGGCCUGGGGCCGCCGUCGGCCCCGAGGAAACACCUGCCGCGGCCGAGCUGGAAGAGGAAGCGGUCGUCUCCGACAGAUACAACUCGCUCAGGUUUUCCUCGCCGGAGCUGGACUCGCACUUCAAGAGGGCGGCCGCGGCGUCGCAGAGUUCGAACCCCGGCGGGCCGCGGCCGGCGGCCCAGACGCUGCACACGUACCGCUUCAAGGUCCCGGACUACGCGACGGAGACCUACUCGCCAGUGACUGGGAGGCCAUCGAGGACGAAGGGCGGCCCCCAGCGGCGACCCCACCAGGGCGACGACGAGAGCGCGCGCCACGCCGACGACUCGGCGAGCCUCUACUCCAGCCCCAGGCUUCGCGUCCACAAGACGGCCUGGUCCUACACCCGCUCCCUCUCCUCCACGCGGUGAUCCUCCACCGCGCGCUCGCCCCCUGACACUGCACUGAACAUAGCCCGAGCUCAUCUCUCGACCUCACUCCGUGUCCAUUUGGGAAACUGUCUAAGGACAAAUACUAUUUUAGAUACAUAUUGCUACAGAGCCAUCACCAUCAUCACUAAUAAUCGGCCAGAGGGUUCCUUGGUAGCAGUUAUCGAUCCUCCUGAUUUCUGUUAAUCCGUUCACAGCAUCAUAUCGUGUUUCUCCCAUACUCUGCUCCGUACACCACAACUCUGACCUACCAUUCGCUCUGCGCACGCUCACAUGUCCCCCUGUUAUCGUAAGUAGCAUUCGCCAUAUCUCAGAAUAUGCCUGCAGAACAGUGUUCGUCUAGUCCAGGGGUCUCCAAACUACGGCCCGCGGGCCGAAACUGGCCCGCGAGGGCCUGCAAACCGGUCCGCUUUAGCUGGCCGGACAUCCGGUGGAGCCUAUACGGCCAACAAUGGAGUUUCGAGGCCUAUCGUGACCAAUACACCACGACAUUGUCGGAGCUCUAUCUUUACAAAGCGGAAGGUCAUGGUUAAAUUUGUGGCUAUCCACAAUAAACAGACAGACCAUUCCCCGUGCGAUAGUUAAAAAAAAAAAAAAAAAAGCACCGUUAAGAGACUAGUUUGGCGAAAACAUUGUAAGUAAAAAAACUCUUCGCUUUUUAUUCUACUCACGAAUCUGGUGCAAGUCUAUCAAAUGGACGCCACUUCGGCGACUAGUCUUAGUAAUCAAUCAUUAUGGAAGAUGAUGCUUCUUAAGCGAGGUUUCACUUUCUUUACGUAUGUCGACUUUCAGAUUUUCCUUGUCUCUUCGAAUUCAGACCUUGAAUUGUGCCACACUUACUAGUACAGCGCAUAAAACACUAGAAAAACUCGUGAGACACUCGCGACAUAGACACAAUCACGCAACAGAACUAUCAGCUAUAUGCUCUGGCCCUGCUACUCGCUACAAGACUGCACAACAAAACUUAUUGUUGCGCUGCUUGAGAUAACAAUGCUUUGACAUACUCUGCCUCUGUUACGUCUUGCAGUAAUAGUGUUGCUAACAAUGAUUUUGAGAUUUCGUUAACUUUGCAGGACGCUUUCGUGAAUUAUGUCCAGCGACAUACUUUUUUUGUCGGAGAAAUUCGCCAGAAUAAAAUAUGAUAGAAAUUCGGUAAGGUACGUUCACCAAUCAAAAUUAUGUAAUUAAAUAAAAAUCGUAGUUCGUUUCAGUGCUAGCUAUUCCCACGACCUUAGAUUUUUGCGAUUUCAUCUUUCCUUUAGCCUUACAUUACGGUGAUCAUGGAGUGCUAGUGUUCUUUGAUCCCACUAGGUAGAUCUUGGCCCUUAUGGCUUCGUGGAGGAAUCAAUGUGGCAGACUGAAACGUUUGGAGACCCCUGGUCUAGUCACCUCUUUGCAAAGACUUACCCUCUCCUCCGCUCUUUGAAGUAGCUCCCCGUUUAUCUUGCCAGUCUAUUUGAUCCCUACCAUGCGGCUGUGGCUUCAUACCUCAAACGAAUUUAACGUCGUCCGCCCUCCGACUUGUGAUGUCCAGUCCCGGUCCUACAGAGUAACAUUUUCUCCCCAGUACGAUUCAGUACCUCCUCACCGAAUAUCUGGUCUACUCUUUUAAUCUUCACAAUUUCAAAAGCCUUCUAUUCUCGUCUUGUUCGAACUGUUUAUUGUCCACGUUCCACUCCUUAUAAAACUUUCUGUAAACGCUUCCUAACACUGCCAUCCAGGUUAAAAUCCAUCUCUGCAUGAGAGCCAUCGUUUGUUAUUUUACUACGCAAACACGAAAACUCGUGUUCUACUUUCAGUGUGAUCGUUUCCUGAUCGAAUACCCCCAGUUUGACUGCACCUCAUUAUCCUUGCUUUGCUUUUGUUGAUGUUCACCAUACAACCUCCCUUCAAGACGCUACUCAUUUCAUUCACCUUGACUUCUUGGUGUUUUACUGCCUCUAACAGAAGUGCAGUGCCCCUGGAAAACUUAAUUUAUUCCUGAAACAGCUACACUCUAAAAAGUUUCACUCUUCUGUGUAUAAGUACAGAGUUGUCACUUCCGUUAGGGGCAUUUUCUUUUUUAUUUCUUCUUGGCAAGAUUUCUUUGGGAUACAUCUCACUACUUUAUUUCUAGUACGGCAAUAAUUAACAUAUGAAUGUUAUCUGACUGCUGCUUCUUGUGUGCCGUUUGAGUUCAGAGCUGCAAGGUACAGUCACGUUGUGGAACAUUCAUUAUGAACCUCGCUCAAUCGCUGAAUUAUACAAUUUUGCAAUAAACCUUGGUGGUAAUCGCGUCACUGUAACAACAUUUCAUCGCAGACUUCACUCAUACUUCACUGUGUAAAUUGUACGCCAUCUGCUCAGGAUUAAUUCCAAUGUUUAUCAUUUUGUGUAUUGUUUGUUAUUCCGCAAUGUUUUGUUAUUAAAAUAAAUGUUAUAAUAAUA